GUGCCGCUUUUGGUGUGCGUGUUGUCAAUUAUUUGGCAAUGGGUGGAUGCGAGGUUCUUUGUUUCGUUUGGUCCAUUCUAUAGACAGCAAUCCUUGGAUGUCAAAGUGAUGGCAACACAAAUUUAUAUAGAAAAAGAGAAUGGUGAAAUUGGCACGCUUGCUUCUUCUAAGAGUCGGAUGCAAUUGGUAUCUGCACCAUCAAAGAGUUUUGCUGAAAGGUCUUGCCCCAAGACUCCACUUGUUGGAAGGACAGCUAAUGUAAAUCCAGCAGCAGCCCAGUCUAUCAGGAAGGUUCUAGGAAAUUUGAAUAGGCCUUUAACAACAACAAAGAGUAACUUCCCAAAAGGAAACAAGUCUUCUAUGAAAAAGGCUACUGAAACCGCAAACAGAGUUGAAAGCAGCAGCAUGGUUACUGAAGACUAUCCAGAAAAGGAGAACCUAUUUUGCUACGAUCCUUUAGACUUUGAGAGUUUUGAAGUUCCCGAGGAGCACAGGCUGAGCCACAUGCCCCUGACUGGAGUUCCUCUGAUGGUAUUUGAAAAUGCCUCUGACAGAUUUGCAAGCACAAUCUCUGUACCUGCAAAAGAGCCUUCCAUUUCCUGGGGCUAUGAUACCCUGCAGUCCACUCAAGACUUCCUGGCUACUUUGGAUGAAAUAAUAAUUGAUCUUCCCCCUCCCUUAUAAUAUGUAAACAUCUCUUUUUAAGUUGAAUUCUGAAUAAGUUGUGUUAAUUUUCAUAAUAAAGGACUUGGAUUAAA